CGUGCUCUGAAAAUGACUUUUGAAAUUGAGGAAGAUGAUACAAACGAACUUGUCAAUGUAAAAUCGCAACAAUCAGCUGAGGAAAAAUGGAGUGCCAUAUUUAGACGAAAACGACCAUCACCAUCUCUGAAUGCCAAUGCUCCACAGGAGAAGAAGGUGAAAAAGGAUCAAUGUGAUCCACACAUAUGUUUGCUUUGUUCACAAGAGUUGGCAAGAGGAUCCAAGUCGUACAAACAAAGGCAUUGGGCAAGAAAACAUAGUGGAGAGAAAGGAAAUUAUAUGUCAGUCAUUGUGACAAUAAAUCAUGUGAAGGCUCAAGCAUUGUUAAAACAAAAAAAGAUUCAACAAAGGGAAGAGCAGAUUGCAAAUGAAGAGACUGUUAAUACAGUCAAUACAGAUCUGACAUCGUCAUGCACGUCAACGAUCACGUCCAUUUUUUCUGGUUAUGAGACUGGAAAUACGAAUGUUAUAUUUCCAAAUGUAUUGGUAACUAAGGAUAGCAACACAGCAGGGAAAAUACAAUCCACGGUAGCAGAUUUUUUUGACGAACAAGGAUUGCAAGAGAUUGAUGACGUAUCAGACAAUCCUAUUGCUAGAAUUGAGGAUGGUAUCAACCAAAUUCUAGUCAGAUUACAGGCAUUAAACAUGGAUGGUGAUGUUAGAAGAAGAUCAAGCCAAAAUCCCAUAACAACCGAGAUAGAAGCUGUUAGCGAUGCUGGUGUGAAGGCUGCCAGCAAUUUGGUGGAAUUGAAUGGUCAGAACAACUCCUGGGGCCUUGGUCUGAUCUAUGAUGUUGCUCGGACUGAAAAGUACUCACAAGGAUCCAACCAAGAAUGGUACAGUUUAAAGAACAGAAUCCUCGAACAUGUCAACUGUAGUUCAACGCGAAAUGCUGGUCAAUUCCAUAUGAAAGCCUUACAGUAUCAUUUGAGUCAGAAACAACGAAAGGAAAGAAACAUUGACACUAACGUUAAGCUGGUGUCUGCAGGAAUAGAAAUAUGUAAGAUCAAGACUGCGCCUUUAUCGUACGAGUCAUUGGUAGCAUUCCUUUCCUUUUGUGGAGUAGACGUUGGGACUAUCGGACAUGGAAGAUUGCCCCACUUUUCAGUUGCAAUAGACAAAUCUACUCCUCACAAAGACACGUAUCAGGCCAUAAUGAUUUUUUUACCGGUGAAUGGUAAACGCACUGCGAUGCCAAUUGAUGCUCCACUAGUGUACGAGUACAGAGAUGCAGAUUCCGAUGACGAAGACACUAUUAGAGGAGGUUAUGGAGAAGAUCUUGCCGUACAAGUGUUCAUGCUGAUGGACAGUACCAAGCGAGUACAUUUCAAACGAAACUAUACGAGCUUUUGGUACAAGACGUAUUCCAAAAGUCAAGGAUUAAAAGGGCUCGAAACUGUGACAUAUGCAACCACGGGAUUUUCCAGUUCUGCUUUCGAUCAAUGGAAGAAAAUUUACAAUAGUUAUCCCGCUUUGGUUACGGCAUACAGUGCAAAUCGAGAAGAUAAAAAGGAUGAUUGUGAGGAGACAAAACACCAACUCAGAAGUCAAGAUUUUGCCAUAGAUCUAUGUGGAAUAAUUGAUGUGUUUCAGCCAGUUGUUUCGUUAAUGUUCAAAUGUCAAGAGUUUAAACGUGCCCCCCUGGAAAAUUGUUGCUUGGUUUCCUAUAGUCAUUGAUAUCUUGUAGGAUAUGAGGACAGAAUUAAAGUGACUUAAGGACGGAGAUGUUGUAAAACCAGCUGAAAAGUUGUUGCCAAGACUUGCAAAACAUUGGCAAGAAUUAACAAAAGAAGAAGUUGAAGAAUGUUCGUUUCAAGGAAUACAAGUCUACGAAGGAUGGCUCGUAGUCAAUGAGAGUGAGCAACUCGUCGAAGGACCGUCUACAGACAAGACUGGGAAAAUACAUAAGAGAAAGACUAUUACUUGGGACACACGAUCACCAAAUGAUUGCCUAGAUGGUCUUUAUCAACUCACAGAAGAUAAUGCAAUGUGUCUGGCAUCUCGCUACAAAAACAUUAAGAUCGACAACAUCACUAAGUUAGAAGCUGUGUUUGACAUUGAGGGACUAACAAAGCUUCUUUGUCAUUUUUCUCACGCGAAUGGGCGGAUCAAAGUCAGCAGGGCUGGAAGACAUCUUUGGGAUCUUCGCGGGAAAAGAGAGUUUGCCGAUUUUUUC